UCAUUGUGCCAUAGAAUUCAUCCUCUCUUUUGCAAGUGCCUCGAUAGUCCCCCCCUGCGCGCGCGCGUCAGGGAGCAGGAGGGCAAAAGCAAAACGCGGCGACGGGAAGAGGGCUCGUACGUGCGAUAGACCAUCUUCGCACGUGCGAACUCCUCUGCAUCUUCUCCUUCCUCUUUCCCUCCCUGGCUCCUCCACUCUGCAUGUGACGGCUUCGGAGACGGUGAUCGCCGGCCGGCCUCUCGUCGAUGGCCGGUCGAACGGCCGAGGAGGGAGCCGGGCCGCCCCGCAGUCCCCUGGAGAAGCUUCCGGUGGUCGUGAAGGAGCUCGUGGCCGGUGGAGUCGCGGGAGGGAUCGCGAAGACGGCCGUCGCUCCGCUCGAGCGCGUCAAGAUCCUCUUCCAGACUAGCAGAGAUGACUUCCGUGGUUUAGGCUUACGGGCAUCAUUUAAAAAGAUUUUGAAGACAGACGGGAUUCUUGGUUUUUAUAGAGGAAAUGGCGCUAGCGUUGCAAGGAUCGUGCCAUAUGCUGCCUUGCAUUAUAUGGCAUAUGAACAAUAUCGGCGCUGGAUUAUUGAAGGUUUUCCUGAUGUUAAAAGAGGUCCAUCUCUUGACCUGGUGGCAGGAUCGUUUGCUGGUGGAACUGCUGUUCUGUUUACAUAUCCUCUUGACCUUGUUCGAACAAAAUUGGCAUAUCAGGUGACUCCUAUGAGCAUCAGUUCGUUAAAACCUGUGACUGCUUAUUGUUCUGAUCAAUUUUAUAGAGGAAUCGCUCACACCAUUGUCAGCAUCUAUAGAGAAAGUGGCCUGAGAGGUCUCUAUCGUGGAGCAGCCCCAUCACUCUACGGAAUAUUCCCAUAUGCUGGCCUAAAAUUCUAUUUCUAUGAGGAGACGAAGAGGCGUGUUCCCAAGGAGCACCGAAAAGACAUACAUGUUAAUCUCAUCUGUGGAUCUUUUGCUGGACUACUGGGCCAAACACUAACAUACCCACUUGAUGUUGUCAGGAGGCAAAUGCAGGUACAAAGGCUAGCAGUUUUAUCUGACAGCAGAAAGGAGAUUUCAGGGACCGUAGAAACCUUAGUGACAAUUGUCCAACAGCAAGGUUGGAGGCAAUUAUUUUCAGGGCUGAGCAUCAACUAUUUGAAGGUGGUUCCUUCAGUUGCCAUUGGGUUUACAGUUUAUGACGCUAUGAAAUCAUGGUUAAGAGUUCCACCUAGAGAUGAUGUGGUUGUUGAAGUAGCAUCACAAAGAAGAAAAGCUCACACCUCAUCUUUGCCGUCCUGACUAUGAUGUUGCACUGGAAAUGACCGGUUUUUUCGGAUGGAAUCUGCAAAAAUUAUAUAUUUUUAAGCUGAUUACAAAUUCCAUUCUUUUUGUAUAUUCCAAUUCAUAUGGUGUAUAUUUUAUUGGUUGAGAGAAUAAGUGAAAUAAAUCAAAGCUUGUAAGUUUUCCCA